AUCGAUCCACGUAAUCCAGGUAAAUGGAAUCAGUGCCGCUGAAAGUUCCUGGGAGGUACCAGCGGGUUCAGCUUACAGUGGGUUCAGGCUGCUGAAAGUUCUAAGAGUUCCAGUUUCCAUCCUGUGGCUUUUAUACGCGUAACAUACAUUCUGCUGGAUCCAGGGACCAACGGUAAUUCCGGUAAUGUCACCCUGCUAGCUGUACGCUAUUGUGAAAGUGCCAUAAUGAUCCGUUUUUGAGUCAAACGCUUCCUAAAUGGGUGGAAAUGGGUGGAAUGAUGAAAGCAUCGGCCUUUGUGCCAGACAAUGGGAGCUGCCACAGGGUCGUCGCUGCUGUUGUUAGGUGGUUUUUUUUUUUUUUUUGUGCCAUUUGCAGCGAGAGCCGCCGUGGGAUUCGGAGCGAAUAGAGACGGGGGAUUUGACACGUUCAUAGGAGAGACAACACAUCAGCCGCAAGCCAGAUGGCUUCAAAUGAUCCCGAAGAGCACGACCCCCCCGGAAAUCCCCAACCCGGUGACCUCAUUGAGAUCUUCAGGCCGGCCUAUCAGCACUGGGCUCUGUACCUGGGUGACGGUUACAUCGUCAACCUGACACCAGUGGAUGAAGGCCAGGCCACGGCCAUGUCCAGCGUGAAGUCCGUCUUCAGUCGAAAGGCGGUGGUGCGCAUGCAGCUGCUGAAGGAGGUGGUGGGGAGCAACUCGUACCGAGUCAACAACAAAUACGACGACGACCACACCCCCUUGCCUGUCUGUGACAUCAUUCACCGAGCCCAGCUUUUCAUUGGCCAGGAAGUGUCAUAUGACCUGCUGGGCAACAACUGCGAGCACUUUGUCACUCUGCUGCGCUAUGGGGAGGGGGUGUCUGAACAGGUCUCUCCCUCUCACCCUCUCUCUCUUUCUCCCUCUAUUUCUCUCCACCUCUCCCUCUAUCCCUCUUCCUCUCUCUCUCCCUAUAUAUAUACAUUUCUCUCUCCCUCUCUCUCUCCUAUAUAUAUAUGAAUAUACAUGUAUAUAUGUACUCCUCUCUUCUUCUCUCUACCUCCCCCCUCUCCAAUAUACAUAUAUAUAUUUCUCUCUCCCUCUACUAUAUAUAAAUGUGUGUACGUAUAUGUAUAUAUGUACUCCUCUCUCCUUCUCUUUACCUCUCCCUCUCUAUCUGUCUCAUCCCCUUUCUUUCCUUUCCAUUUACAAAACCCCUUAAGAUCACCCUGAGCCUCUGUCUGACAUUGUCCGUGUCACCUACCCAACGCUUCAUCAGAGUAUUUAUUGUAAGACUUCUGAAGAGCGGCUCGUGAGAGGCUCAGCCCGUUCUGCCUGCGUGUGAUUUAUCCCCAUGGUAACCAUGCGUUUGUGUCUCCGUAGGCUUCCCAGGCCAUUGGCGCGAUCAGUCUGGUGACGGCGGCUGCCAGCGCCUUCUCAGUGCUGGGACUGAUCAACAACCGAACCCCAAACAGGCCUGACUGACUGACUCCUUCACAAUUCACCCUAACCAGCUCGUCUCUCUCUGAGCUCAGCACACAAUCUGCUAUCUGUGCAGAUUAUUACGAUCUUGAUUACCCAAAGCACUUACCCCUCUUGUGCAAACUGCGUAAAAAAGAUCAGUAAGGCGUUGCUAACUCGAAGGACAAGGGUAGAUUUUGUUGUAGAUUUUGAACCUCAAGAAAGAGCUUGAGUUAUUCUAGACUGGGACUUGCGCAGUGUUGUGGCUGAUAUAAUUACCUACAAUAUGUACACCUGCAAAAGUGUGAUUAAAGAAAUGAAUGUGUUUUGAUAGUAUAUUUACCUUUCAUAAUUGGUUCGUGUUGUUUGCAGUACAUGUCAGUGCAGUGUAAAAUGCAAGUGCUGUUAU